UGUAAACCAUGCAGGUGGACGCUGCUCUUGUGCUCGCCUGUGUCUGGCUCAUGGGGGCGACGGGGACGGUGGCCCGAACAAGGGGUCACAAGCUCGAGACCUACAAACAAACGAGAUCGAGGAGAGAGACCAAAGUGGAGGGUGGAGGUCACAAAUCCGGAAGCCCUAUUUACAAAAGAAGUCCAGACAUGACGAAAUCCCUGAUGACAAAAUCUGAGCAGCUCCUGAGAAUAGAUGACCACGAUUUCACAAUGAGGCCUGCAUUUGGAGGUCCGCCAAUUCCUGUUGGAGUAGAUGUUCAGGUAGAAAGUCUGGACACCAUCUCAGAAGUGGAUAUGGACUUUACCAUGACGCUGUACCUGCGUCACUACUGGAAGGACGAGCGGCUGUCGUUCCCGAGCACCAACAACCAGAGCAUGACCUUUGACAGUCGGCUGGUGAAGAAGAUCUGGGUCCCUGACAUGUUCUUCGUCCAUUCAAAGCGCUCUUUCAUUCACGACACCACCACGGACAACGUCAUGCUGAGGGUGUAUCCCGACGGCAACGUCCUCUACAGUCUUAGAGUCACCGUCACUGCGAUGUGCAAUAUGGACCUGAGCCGCUUCCCGCUGGACACCCAAACCUGCUCGCUGGAGAUUGAGAGCUACGCGUACACUGACGACGACCUGAUGUUGUACUGGAAGAAAGGAAACGAAUCCCUGAACACCGACGACAGGAUAUCGCUGUCCCAGUUCCUCAUCCAGAAAUUUCACACAACCACAAAGCUGGCUUUCUACAGCAGCACAGGCUGGUACAACCGUUUGUACAUCCACUUCACCCUGCGGCGGCACAUCUUCUUUUUCCUGCUGCAGACCUACUUCCCCGCCACUCUGAUGGUCAUGCUGUCCUGGGUGUCCUUCUGGAUUGAUCGCAGAGCCGUCCCAGCCAGGGUGCCGCUGGGCAUCACCACAGUGCUGACCAUGUCCACCAUCAUCACUGGGGUCAACGCCUCCAUGCCGCGGGUCUCCUACAUCAAGGCAGUGGACAUUUACCUCUGGGUCAGUUUUGUCUUUGUCUUCCUGUCGGUGAUAGAGUACGCGGCGGUCAACUAUCUCUCCACGGUACAGGAGAGGAAAGAGAGGAAGCUGAGAGAGAGAUUGCCAUGUACGUGUGGCAUCAGCAACCCAGACGACAUGAUGAUCGACCCCCAGAUCACUGGCUACGGGACGAUGGACGUCAACACCACGGGGAAUUAUGGGAUGCCCGAGAACGGCGGCCGCCAGGAGCGAAUCUUGGCCCAGGUGGCGCUGAACGACCCGCAGAUCACAGGCCAGGUGAAGCCGCCCAGAGGCUACGUGAAUAUUUGGAUAGACACCCACGCCAUAGACAAGUACUCGCGGGUGGUCUUUCCCGGUGCUUACAUCCUCUUCAACAUCAUCUACUGGUCCAUCUACUCGUAACACGGGAUAUCUGCGGGAGUCGGGUACGACGGGGACUCCAGGAACUCAUUUUGUUCAAGUGCGAGCGUAUUUUUUCCGCGUUCGUCAGACGCUGAAAUUGCUCAUAAGAAACUGUGGAGACCACGGACAGACUGGUGAUCACCGCCUUCUCGACUCAAACCUGAAGUCAUAGUUCUGUCCGUCCGUCAAGUCUGUGUGGUUUUAUGUUUUAACUGUCGUGUUGUUGACGGGGACGCUUCGAUGUUGCGAAAAAAAGGGGACCGCGAACAAUUCAGUGACAACGAAACUGAAAAUGGAUUUCUGCUGAUGUUGUUUCUUUUUGCAUUAUAUGAACAAGAUGUGACAAUCAAUCUAAAAAAAACAAACAAUAUUGAACGGGAUAGUGUAAAAGUUUGGAUGCAUUCUAUUGACGAGAUGGAUGGAAACCUCCAAAGUGCGCAAGUUAAUGAGCGAAAAAACAUCGAAAUGAACCAUCUUAUCGAUGUUCACCUGGACUCUCGGUCGUUACUGUUGUGUUUCAAUAUCUCCUGUAAAAUGACAAGAUGUUUUUAUAAAACAAUUACAUUCUUAUGUUUUGUUUCUUUUAAAGAAAUGUGUGGCUAUACCUUUACAAAACAAAAAAAAUCAGAUAAGCUUAAUUCUUCUUUUGCAUCGCGUGAGUAUGAUUCAGUACAUGUUACAAUAUAUUUGUAAACUUUAUAUCAAUUUUGAUGUUGACCUCAUAACAGCAACACAUUUAGUGUGAUUUAGAGUCCAGAUGGGACAAAAGCAGGAACUAUUUCAGUCUGUUGUAGUCACGUAAAAUACAAUCAAAACAAUCACAAAAUACUUCUUAAGUGUCCCCGUCUCUUUUCUUUUUUAUACAGCUGAAGCUUGUUCCCUGUUGUCGUGAGGCUUUAAAGGUUCGCCGUGACCUGCUCGUUGCUCGUUUUUUGUCGUCUUUUACAGGGUUUUACUGGAUGAAGACAUUUUUGAUGGCUCAUAAAAAUGUAUUAACCAAAAAAAUAGGCAUAUACAUUCAAUUGAAUUCUUUCGAGAUGUUAUUAUGUGAGAAAAGCUCAAUAAAUGUUUUUGUUUUCUAAAAA